AUGACGAAAGAUUGUACACUCUGCUCUACUCCCAGAGACGUAUUAGUACGCUGUCAAAUCGACGAAAGCGCAAAAUGGCAUUUCGUCUGCCCCGGAGCAUGCUGGAAGUCCGUAUCCGGAGGCGUAGAAGAUGCACGCGGUCUGAAUGAUCAAUAUCCGCAUUAUCGGUAUGGUGGCAUGUGGAAGAACAGAAAUGCUGAUGGCCCGAUAAGCGCGAAAAAGCCAAAGAAAGUCAAGGACAGACAGAAAGCUGAGAGGAAAGCGCGGAAAGAUGACCAAUCAGCUUCUGAUGAACAAGAAACAAAUGAAGAGAGUUCGGAAUAG